AUGACGGUAGCAUUGUCAACGGAGCAACCGGGUGUCGCACUAACAGGGGCGGGCGGACUGUUAGGAGUGCUCGAUGCUGUUGUACUCGUUGGUGGGGCAGACGAUGGGGGUGGAGGGGGACUUGUGGAAGUUGCUGGAGGAGUCGAUGAGGGCAAACUUGUUGUGGAAGUCGUGGAUGAAGCCACCGAGGACGAACUGCUCGUGGUGGUGGUAACAGUAGAGGAAAGCGUCGAGGACGGAAUACUGGUGAUAGCUGUGGAUGGCACUGUGGAUGAGACACUCGUGGAAGUCGGAGAGGUCGACGUGGAUGAGACACCUGUGGGAGUUGAAGAAGAAGCCGCUGUGGACGAAGCGCUUGGGGAUACUGAUAGAGUCGCCGACAGUGAGCCGCUUAGCAAAGGGUUGGAACUCACUGGAGAGCUAGCAGAAGUGGCCAAGGUUGUCAAAGUCGGAGCUGUCGCUAUUGAUGAUGCUGCAUUAGACGCGGGCGUAUCAGUAGCGGGUUGUCCAUUGACGGGAACGAUCAGUGGCGAUCACACCGGGGUUUGCGGCUUCGAGGGAUUCCACGGAGAUCCCAGCACUGUACGCAAUGCCCAAGAAGGUGUCGCCGUCUUGAGCGGUGGUGGUGUUUGUUGCGAAAGAGCCUCGAGUAAUGAGUGGGAUUGUGAACAGCAAACGUACUACCAGGGCACUGCUGACAAGUGA